GAUAGCUCGUCCGAGGAGCUGCUGUUGACAGUAGCUUCCCACCUUUAGAUGAAGCUCAAGUAAAAACCACGAAGGAGAGAAGUUGUAUGUGCGCUGUAGACGAUAAACACGGCUCAUUUGUGUCGGAGCAGAGGGACGUCGGGGUUGUGUAGUGUCGCCCCUCGGUCGUUGUCAUGGGUUGUUGUUAUAGCAGCGAGAACGAGACCACAGAGCAGGACUCUGAUGAAAGUAAGCCGCUGAUCACCCACCCAAACCCUGUCAGCAAACCCCCUAAUGGGACUGACUGGAUCACUACCAGUGUCCCCUCAGCAAGGACAGAUGAACAGGCCCUCCUUACAUCCAUCCUCACCAAGACAGCACAGAACAUCAUUGAUGUCUCAGCAGCUGACUCUGUCAUGAUGGAGCAGCAUGAAUACAUGGACAAAGCUCGGCAAUACAGUACAAAGCUGGCUGUAUUGAGCAACAGUCUGCCCCAGAAGAAAGCCCUCGCUCUCCCCUCCCUCACCAGCCAGCCCCACCAAGUGCUUGCGAGUGACCUGGUGCCAUACUCAGAUGUUCAGCAGGUGUCCAAGAUAGCAGCUUACGCUUACAGUGCAAUCUCUCAAAUCAAAGUGGAUGCUAAAGAAGAACUGGUGGUCCAGUUUGCCAUUCCCUGAUUCUGCAACUCUGGCCUGCAUAUUGUUCCUCCCAUCCCGCUCUCUCUGUGUCACUUCUGCAUCCUCACCCUCCAGCCCACCCUUUAUUAAAGCAUAUUGGUCCUUGUGCUUCUUAGCUAUGCCUCUAACUGCUACAAAGACAGUGAUGAUGAUGUAGGAUUGCACCCUAUGCCUGUCAUUUAGUGCACUUAAUUAUGGGUCAGGCUACGGAAGGUGGUUUACUGUGGAGGGGCCGUUGGUGUGUGAUGUUAUAUUUAUAACAAUAUGGCCUCCUUUUGUAUGUGUGGAUCACAGGCUUUGUCAGAACCAGCUGUGGAAAAAUCAUCGUUCAUCCUUCUUGACGAUCUCUCUUAUUUAACAGUUUUCAUGGCCGUCUCAGUAACUUUAUUCCCCCCCUAGCCUGUAUACUCAGGCACGCAAGGCUAGGUCCACAAGUCAGACUGUUCUCCAGAGGCAUAGAAGAAUGUACAGUGUAUUCACCUGGGACAGGGCUGUAGGAUUUAUGGCUCAAGACAUUGGCUAUUUGUGUUUAUACAUGAUACAAUCUCCAUUGGAACAAGGGAAAUGAGGAAUCUCUGACAGGAAAGAAUGGAAAUUAUCACAGUACCAUAAGUACAAGUGCAGUGAUUUAUUUAUUUUUUUAGUCAGGAUGAAAAACUUGCAACAUAGCUUAAAGUGUGCACUUCAUAUGUCUUUAACUCUGUACUGUCAUCCUGGGAUGACACUACCCAUUCCUCAGUCUUUCUCCUUGCACAGUAAAAAGUACGUAGAAAUUGGAGCCAUAAAAAGAGAAUGUUUUCCCUUAAUGUUAAGAUUCGUUAUAAUUUGGAAGGUUGUAAUACUAUAGUCCUGAUGUAUGCUGGGGAGAUCUGAGCAUCAAACAUCCCACAGUAAUUUGGUGUCACACUGCACCACGAUCGGUGUCUCACUGCAACCUAAACAUGAACCAAUCUCACUAAUUCAAAUUUAAUUAACAUUUCACUGUAAUGAUGUUUUAAAACAGUGAACCGGUUCAGUUGGUUAUUUGUUGCCCAGUGUGUAAUCUGAUGUUCCAGUGGAGGCCAAAUUAUGAGUGACCUGUCCAUGGCUGGUAUCCUCUGGUGGGUGAGGACGCAAACACAAAGCAGGGGGGGUCGGUGGGACCUACUAAUGUCACGGGACGGGAAAAGAUGGCCCUUUCUUGGGACACAACUUCUCCAGUUUACAGACAGUAACGUGUCCUCUGAAGUUUUCUAGCACUAACAAAAGGAGCUGGCAGACUCUUUAAAUCAAAUCCCAGAACUUCACGUAUCUAAUAGCAGUGGAAGCAUACAGAGAUGAAGGGGUGGGGGUGUGUGGAGGGUUCAGGGACAGAUGCUGUGUAUUCAUGCCUUCUUUGUACAGAAUUUUCUGAUUGAAUAUAAAAACAGAUGAUGGAUUGUAUGAAGUUCCCUCUUUUCGUAGAGAGUUCAUUGGUCAGGAUUGGCUAAGAUCUUGUGGUGAUAAAACGUUUUUAUGAAACGCAAGAACACUUUUAAGGCUUGCGUUGGCUUUUAAACAAAGCUUUUCGCUACAGACUGUAAUAUGAUUGAGUUGUUCAUAUUAAUCAAAAACUAACCAUUGUAGCAGUGUGGGAGAGCGUUAACAAUCUAUGUACCACCGCAGAUAAAAUGAUCCGAGACCUUUUUGUGAUUAUUUAUUUGUGUUUUUAAAUGUAUAUUAGCUCCUCAGAGAGCAUGCGACUGUAUGUGUGGGCAGGGAGCACGGUGAGCCGCUCUAGAGUCUCUAAAGGGAUGAUCUGCAAGGCUGUGAUUAUUUCAACCACGCAAUUAAUUUGAGCUUUUUGCAAAUGGGUUCUUGGCAUUUUUUUUUUCUGUUUUGUUUGUUACUCAGAUGUGUUAUACUACCUGAAAUAUGUUUGUAAUAUCUUAGGCUAGUACCAAAAAGUUUUAAGAUUUUCUUUUUUUUUUUUUUUUUUUUUGUUGUUUGUUUUUGGUUUAAUUAAUUCAUUAAAAUUUUCAACAUAA